CGUUCGCUCUAGGCCGGGAACAUCGCCGACGAUACUGCUGCUGCUUGUCGUGUUCAGAACAGGGCCAGCUUUUCCCCUGCCUGCCAGAAGCUGCACCAGCACUCUCGGGAGGCCCGCCCGGCAGCAGCCCCAACCAAGCGAGAGCGAGAAAUACUUGGGUCCGAGUUUGCCCCACCUCCGAAAUAUAACUCGUUGGGCAGCGUUUGUCCUGAUGGAGGACGCUGCACCAGUGGGGGCGGCGGCUGCGAGUGCUGCUUCUCCGAGUGCUGCCGAUGGGCACGGGGAGGAUACGCCGUUGUUUGUUUAUGGCACUCUAAUGAACGAAAAGGUUCUGUUCGCUCUGCUCAAGAGAGUUCCGUCGACGAGAAAGGCGAACCUUUCGGGGUACCACCGCUUUCGGAUAAAGGACCACGUCUUCCCGGCUAUCCGGCCAAGAGAGGGGGGGGGCGUGGAAGGGCUGCUCAUGACAGGGCUCGAUGCCCGAGAAAAGUUGAUCUUUGAUCUGUUUGAGGAUGAAGACUACCACAAGGUGGACGUCCAAGUCAAGGUCGAGGCGUGUGAAGACGCAACCCAAACGGCAACGUGCUAUGUAUGGAACGCCUCAGCGGAGGACCAACUGUACGAGACUUGGGAACCAACGAGACACUUCACAGAGGAUGGACCCGUCCCUGACUAUGUCGCCAUGGUGGAACGGUUCUCCAAGGAGAUUCAAGAAGAAGGCCUGCUGGAAAACACAUCUACUGCUGUUGAUGUUGCUGCGUAGCAUUGUUAUGCUCAAUCUGAAAUAUUAUGGCAUCCUGUACCUUGCGGGACUCCCUGCUCGCCGCACGAAAAAUAAGGUUUUCAACGUACUUCGGGGGACUAGGACAUGGCGGGGGGGGGGGGGAGGGGGGCAUCGACGACGAAACGUCUGGAGACGGAGAUUGGGAUACAUGCGUAGACUACUAGUCUAUGUGGCAUCGGUAGGGAGAGUUCUACGUUUGGUUUGGUAUUGAGGCUGAAUAUUUGCUACUACGUACAAGUACUCCCUACAGUAGAUUGGCGGCACACCAACUAGCAUCAUGUUUCCGCUGGAUGCCUUCCAACUCCCCAUGGGGAGCGCGAUCGGGGGAGGGGAGGGGGGGGGAGCGCUACCCCGAACAAAAUCGGUUUCUCUGUUCGCUCUGAGCGUUACGUGCCUGGUCUGCGCAUCCACAUUAAGUCCUGUCUACGCAUCAGAUACGUCCAUAGUAGCACCAGUCUCUUGUCCUUACUACAGCAGUGUUGAAAAGGACAAGUAAUGCCGAGGUGUGAUGUUCUUACCGAAUCCAUGGGUGGAACAAAUCUAUAAGCUUGCAAGCGGCUUCAGGGUGCUCAUGAAUUCCCUUUGCGCGGCCCGAACCCAGCCCAGCAUUCAGCCAUGGCAGCGCCUCUAGCGCCUCUUUCAGUAGGCUCGCGUACACGUGGAAACCGACUGAAUUUCCAAAGUCGACCGAUCGUACACGACGGUGCUACUUGCAAGUCGAUGUGCUUGGUGUGCUGCUUGGUUUUUUCCUCGACAACGUGUACGCUGGACAACGUGUACGCUGCUGUUAUCUUAGCCUCUUUUCUUCGAUAGAGAUGGAUUCGUUGGGUCAUACUCCCUCCGUUCCCAUAUAUAAGCGUGAUUUGGGUUUUCCGAAAAUAAGCGUGGUUUGCACUACAUGCUCCAAAAUAAGUCGUUAGGUCAUUGUGGGACGUCGGACAACUUCGGGAUGUAAUUACAUAUCACAUUGGACGAAAAAAAAAAAUGUUCCGGUCACAAAGGGAGGGGAUGAUCCGUUGUCAUCCCCUGGUUGGUGAAAUCGAGGAAAAUCAAGCAUAAUUGUACCCAGCCACGGGAGAAACGAACUGCGGGUGCCAAAUGAUUCAUGGCCGCAUUCAAAAAACAAACUCCCGGGCGUAUUUAUGGCAGCACCACCCCGUUUUUCGAAUGGGAUAGCUCGGACAUUAAGCUGGGGAGGGGCGGGGGUCAAGUUGGCGUGCGGACAGCAGCAGUAGAAUCGCCGCCAAGGUGGUGUUAAAAUGUCGCUUUUACAGCAGUAGUGCUCGCACAAGCUUAACACUCAUACCCCGUUGUUCACCAUGCAUUGCAUUCUUCAUAGCAUUUCCAAAUGUAUUUGCUCCUUCAUAAACAUCCUUGACGCCACAACUGCUGUACGUUUACAAUCUGCCACCGCCCUCGUCUGCCUCACUCAGCGGACAAAAAGAGUGUCCAACGCGAAACGCGGUGCUCCUUUCUGCUACACGCAACACGUACACGACAUUCUGCCAAAAAAAGGUGCACGGACACCGAAAGCAAAUAACUACCCGCCCGCCCCAUUCUACACAGCUGCCCCUUGCCCCUCUCCCGUCGAGCUGAGCCCUUGGCUGCCUUGAACGCACCAUACGGCAAAACCCCGUUCUUGCUGCCAGUGAGGAGGUGCCGAAUCACCUCCUCUUUUUCUGAAUUGUUGAAAUUCUUGCGUUUUGCCACCUGGGAGGCCCUCCCAGCAGCAGACAUCCCUCACCAGGAGAUGAGAAGGCUUUUGGGCGGAGGUUCAAAGUUGGGGUGGUGAUUUCGAGCAACUUCUGCUGGGGUAGGACACACCUUUUUGGUUGGUUUGAAAAAAAGCACCGGUUCUGCGCGCCC